AUGGCUCUUACGGAGAUGCUUUACAAGAUCAGCAGAUUUCUGCAUUGGGCUGUGGUGUGGUUUAGUGAUCUCACAGCUGGAAUACUUGCUCAUCUGUUAUUCAGGCAGCACUUUCAUUUACUGCUCUCUGUGCUGGUGGUUUUUGGACCUAUUCUGAGUUUCUGGGUCUCCAAGUACAGCAUAUUUGGCAACAAGAACCACUACCUGUACAGGUUAUUCCUGCAGUCAUGCUUUGGCUGGACCUGUAUUUUCUGUGGCUCUUUCAUCUUUCUGCUCUCCUUCAGCAUCAGUAACUCUGUCUUCCACUCACUCCGUCAUCUCUCUCCUCUUGCGGUGUCCGGAACUUUCUGGACGCUCCUCCGCAGUUUGCUGACCUUCCUCGUGGAUGCUUCUGGAAGCUGUUUUGAGCCGCUAAUAAGCGCAAAUGACGCUCACAGGAACUCCGGCGAUCUCCUGAACUUUAAAGCAGGCCCUUUAUUACUGCUGAGAGGGAUAAAAAGUAAAGAAGCCUGUCUGAAAGCAGGACUAAAAUGGCAGGGAUGUGAGGUGUCGCACGAGCUCCUCAUUCUGAGUUUCUGUUGUUUGCUUCUUUCUGAGGAAAUAUCCGUGUUCUGGUCCUGCAUUGGUUUUGGAAAGCCUCUCGGGGCGCCGUUGAGGAUCCUCUUCAUGUUGUGUGUGUUUUUGAUGAGUCUCUGGAUGUUCCUGAUCCUCUGUUUGCUGGCACACUUUCCGCUCUUCCCUUCCCAGCUGGUCGGAGGAGCUCUUGGGUAUCUGGGAUGGAAGGGGCUUUAUAAGGACUGGGGAGUUUGUAAGCCUGGAUGGUGUUGUCUUGGAAUAACAGGUUGUCAAUCAUGUUAA